GUAUGCAACCCUACCUUGGACCUCGUUUUGCUCUGUCGAUAAAGUAAUUGGCGUAUCAAUUCCUAACAAUCGUAGUUUGGCGUCCCAUAUUUCAUCAUCGUAUACCAAUACUUUGAACCGUCGGCUGCAUAAAGCUACAUUUCGGGUUGCAGAGAUUGGUAAGUAUUUGAAGAUAUGAAUAAGAGUGUCAGGUGGCAGAAAUCGGGAGGCGCUCAAAGUUUGAGGGCUGAUGGUUGGGAUUGAACAUGAUGGUGAUUCAUCUGAUAGCAAUGUAACGUCAGCCAUCAGCAUGUACUGUGCAAAGAUGGAGUAAAAUGUUCGGAAAUCAGGAUGAUAAUGGCAACACACAGGCGGGGCUAAAGCUGGUCUCAAAUUUUUAUUUUUCAUUUUUUUUCGGUCUUGCCUUCGUUUCCGCUCAUCCCUCCUCUACUCCAUUCCAUCAAACCACAUCAUGGCCGCUGUACACUUUGAUUUAGCGGCGUUCCCAACCACCGAAACGAUAAAGAUGUUAACAAAUAUAUUGGUGAAGAUAACGCGGACAAACGACAGACUAUGCAAAACCACCUCUCCGGACUUGGACAAGGACCGACCGAAUGGCCCCAUUUACACCUGUUUCCAUGCUCGUUCUAUACCCACCAUUGAUAUUCAUUCCUAUUUAUCUCGCAUUUUGAAGUACACCCCAUGUGCAAAUGAGGUGUUCUUAAGUCUACUUGUAUACUUUGAUCGUAUGUCACGUAACGACAGCAACCUUCGGAUAGACUCAUUCAACAUCCAUCGUCUUAUUAUUGCUGGGGUCACCGUUGGUAGCAAGUAUUUCUCAGAUGUUUUCUUUACAAAUUCACGAUACGCCAAGGUUGGCGGUCUUCCACCUGCUGAAUUAAAUACCCUAGAGCUGGAGUUUUUACACCUCAACAGCUUUAAUUUAUCCGUGUCGAUAGAAGAGUUACAGCAAUACGGAGAUCAGCUUUUAAGUCACUGUCUUCGUGAGGACGAGAUAAAGCGACAAGCAAGAGCUGAGCCAACGGCUAUGACAAAAAUAGCCCCAACGAUAUCACCUUCAACCUUCAAAGAAGCUCCGCCUGAUUUAACUACCCAGAAUGAAUACCAAAACAAACUUUCUUCAAAGGCAAAGGGCAAUGAUUCUGACUCCAGACCACGUAUGACAUCAAAUAACACCGACACUUCACCGAAAUGGGCAAAUGGACGAUACCUCAACAGUAUGAGGAAUGUAGAUACAUAUCGUCAGCAUGAUAGUGACGAUGGCGAAGACAAAAAAACUUCAUAUCAUAGAACAAGCGAAACUAAAUACCAACAUCGCCCAUCCAGUACGCAAGGCUUCUCAGCAUCUCAUAGGCUAGAUGCUCUACUAGACGCCUCCUUAACAUCACCUGGCGACAAGAGGCCACCAACUGCCAACGUUGACCAUUACUUACCCACUCCACCAAACUCUGUUUCUCCUCAAUUUCAGUCACAUCAAGUAUCCACUUCAGGAUUAAAAUGAACAUCCUAAGGUUCCUCCAUUUUUUGCCUUACAAUGUAUUGUGCUUUCCAUCCAUUUGUUUAUUAUUACCUCUCUAUUCUCGCUGCUUUUGCGCGAUUGUAUCCAUAGCGUAUCAUAUAUAACUGCGUAGUAUGAAUUUUCCAGUGAAAUAAUUAUUUUGCAUUGUGUUUUC